AGAGGGUAUCCACAUAUUGUACUAACACAUGCAAAGAUGUUCGGCUCGCAUCAGCAGCCGAACGCCAGAGCCGAAGUCUCGAUGCAUGUCUGUGCAUGUCUCAACAUGUCUGCCAUUCGGUUUUCAACAUUCGACCAGCGCGGGUCUCUGUGUUGCGCGCGUCAAGAAAAAAAUUAUAACAGUUCAAAAGUUCAUUCUGGCGCUCGCGUGCAGUCCGACCGCUGCUGCUCAAAACUAACGGUUCUUCAAAGCCCGUGCCUGUCGCCGUCCCCGUCGGAAAAGUAUUGAAACCGCUCGAAACUCCAGUGCAAUAAGAGGAAAGAAGGCAGCGCGAUGAAAAAGCAAACAAAAUGUAAGCGUGAUGAUAAUUAAAAAUAAAAUACCAGCAAGAAAGAAACAAAAUUUACGCGUGGCUGCAGCCGUGGCCGAAACCGAAAACGACAUCGAAGCAGCAGCAGGAUCUCCCUGGAUCCGAACGCAGCCAGAAGAAGCUUCUGGUGGCUGCCUGGUGGAUCAGCCGUGUGGCCAGAGCAGACCAAAUCAAUAAAUAAAAACCAAUUACAACAAAAACGAAAAGAAAAGAGCAAAGAACAGUGAGCGUGCGAGCGAGCGAGCGAGCUAAGAGUUGAUAUAAGAAAAAUAAUAAUCAGAAGAGUAAAAAUCAUUCACAACGGCGACCAUAACGAACUCCGCCCUAGCGAUGAGCCAGCUGGGCACCGUCUAUGCCACCAAGCGGAGGCGACGGAACGGCAAAAGCCUGAAGCCGCCGCCCAAGGAUGGCGUCACAAAGAGCAAUCCAUCAAAGCGGCAUCGGGAGCGCCUCAACGCGGAGCUGGAUCUGCUCGCCUCCCUGCUGCCCUUCGAGCAGAACAUCUUGAGCAAACUGGAUCGACUGAGCAUACUAAGGCUGUCCGUUAGUUAUUUAAGAACCAAAAGUUAUUUUCAAGUUGUUAUGCAUAAGGAUAAGGAGGAGAACGGUGUCCUGCCCCACAUACACGCACACGAUGGCUACAGGACCCGGGAGCUGGGCGCCUUCGAGCACGGCCUGCUGGAUGGUGAUAUGUUCCUUCAGGCCCUAAAUGGAUUUCUAAUGAUACUGACAUGCGAAGGCGAAGUCUUCUUUGCCACGCACAGCAUCGAGAGCUAUUUGGGUUUCCAUCAGUCGGACAUCGUCCAUCAGUCCGUGUACGAGCUGGUCCACUCGGAGGAUCGCGAGGAGCUGCAGCGGCAGCUGCUGUGGAACAGCUUCCUGCCCGCGGACAUGUCCAGCAUGCAGCUCUCGGAGACCCUGGCACCGGACAAGGCGCUCUAUCUGGAGCGCAGCUUCACCGUUCGCUUCCGCUGCCUGCUGGACAACACGAGUGGCUUCCUGCGGCUGGACAUCCGGGGUCGCAUCAAGAUCCUGCACGGACAGAACCGAAAGACGGAGGAGCCGCCACUGGCGCUCUUCGCCUACUGCACACCCUUUGGCCCGCCCAGUCUCCUGGAGAUACCGCACAAGGAGAACAUGUUCAAGUCGAAGCACAAGCUGGACUUCUCCCUGGUCUCGAUGGAUCAGAGGGGCAAGCACAUACUGGGCUAUGCGGAUGCCGAGCUGGUCAACAUGGGCGGAUACGAUCUGGUGCACUACGAUGACCUGGCCUAUGUGGCCAGUGCCCAUCAGGAGCUUCUCAAGACAGGCGCCUCGGGAAUGAUCGCCUACCGCUACCAGAAGAAGGAUGGCGAGUGGCAGUGGCUGCAGACGAGCUCCCGCCUGGUGUACAAGAACUCCAAGCCGGACUUUGUGAUCUGCACGCAUCGCCAGCUGAUGGACGAGGAGGGCCACGAUCUGCUCGGCAAGCGAACCAUGGACUUCAAGGUCAGCUACCUGGACACGGGCCUGGCGUCCACCUACUUCUCGGAGGCGGACCAGCUGGUUGUGCCGCCCAGUGCCUCGCCCACGGCCCACGCCCUGCCGCCGCCGGUGACCCCGACGCGACCCAACCGGCGCUACAAGACGCAGCUGAGGGACUUCCUCUCCACGUGCCGCAGCAAACGCAAGCUCCAGCAGCAGCAGCAACAGCAGCAGCAGCAGAAUCAGCAGACCUCGCCGCUCGGCGGUCAGGUGGGCUCGCCGGCGCCUGCCGUGGCUGUGGAGUACCUGCCCGAUCCGGCGGUGGCCGUGGCCGCCGCCUACUCCAACCUCAAUCCCAUGUACACGGCCUCGCCGUACGGCAGUGCGGCGGACAAUCUCUACAUGGGCAGCUCCAUGCCGGCCAAUGCCUUCUAUCCGGUCAGCGAGAACCUCUUCCACCAGUACAGGCUGCAGGGAGCCGUCGGCGGGUACUACACGGACUACCCGCACUCCGGGGCGCCAGCGUCGGCGUAUGUGGCCAAUGGUUUCCUCUCGUACGAUGGCUAUGCCAUUGCCUCCAAGGCGGACGAGAAGUGGCAGGAGACGGGCAAGUACUACAGUGGCUACAGCAGUGGCUAUGGCAGUCCCACGUCCACGCCCCAGCAAAUCCCUCUAAAGACGCCCAAGUCUUCGCCGCAGGUCAUGGAGGUCAUCUCCUGCUCCUCGGACGGACCAUCGCCGGUGAGUGGUGCCACGCCCAACGGCGCGAUUCCCGUGACGCCCAAAGUGGAGCUUGCCGCAACGGCAGCAACAGCGGCCUCCGCUGCAGGCGGGGAUCCCUACGAGAGGCAGACGGUGCUGAUGUGGGGCACCACCCACUCGAGUGGCGUUCCCCUGAAUAGUCUUCAGGGCGGACGCUCCGGCUCCCCCCAACGCGCCACGCCCCUCACGAAUGGCCUGGGAUACGCCACGAAUAACAACAACAACGAGCACGAGCCGGCGACGGCGGCCAAGUGGAACGGAGCGAAGGAACUGGCGGGGAAAUCGGCCAGCGCCAGCACGCCGGAGAGCUACCAAAUGCAGCACGACGAUUCCGGACUGUACUCCGCCUCCUCGCACACGACCUCGCCGCAGCAGCAGCAGCAGCAGCAGCAACAGCAACAGCAACCGCAACGUGGAGUUGCUUCCAAUGUUAGCGCUCCAAGUAUUCCUCUCACACACCCAGUGGCCGUCACGGGCACAGGCACCAGCACGGGCACAGAUCAUCAGGCGGUGCACCCGUCCAGCUGCCACCAACAGCAGCAGCAGCAGCAGCAGCAGCAGCAACAACAGCAGCAGCAGCAGCAACAGCAACAGCAUCAUCAUGCCCACCCGCAUCCGCACUCGCAUCACCACCACCAUCACCAUCACCAUCAUGAGGCAGCGCAUCAUCAGCAUGCGGCAGCAAUCAUACUCACGACCCAUCAGCAGCAGCAGCAGCAUCAGCAGCAGCAGGUUCAGCAACAACAAUCUCUUGGAGGCUACCCGCUGCAUCAUCCACUGCAGCUGGUGGGAGGACCGUCCUCAUCGCCGCCGCCGCCCACAACCCGCUCGCCAACAGCCCUGCCCGCAGUGAGCAGUAUCCUCAAUGGUGCCACAGGAGCAACCACAACCGAUGACGUCUCCCCCUACCAGCAGCUGGCCAUUGUCUCCACGCCCCUGGUGAUCUGCGCCGAGGAGGUGGGUGUCGGUGGCAUGUCCUUGCAACCGCUGAGCGACAGCAGCGAGACGACGCGCAUGGGACGCAAGUCAGCCAAGCAGCAGGUGCAACAGUCCUUGCAGCAACAGCAGCAGCAAACGCUUUACCAGCAGCAUCAGACGCAUCAUCAUCAUUCACAUCCACAGCACCAUCCGCAACACCAUUUGCUCUAUCCGGCCAACAUUACGGCGCAUACAGCCUUGGCCUAUGCCCCGCCGACGGCUGGGGGCGCCUAUGCCGAUGGCAGUCCGCUGCUCUCCUUCUCGGAGGUGACCAACACGCUGCUCAACCAGUGAGAGAGGGACUAGGAGUAGCAGUAGCAGUAGCAGUAGGAGCAGGCGAGCACAUUCGUGUUCAACAGUUUUGCCAAAAUGUGGACUAUGACUAUCGUAUCUUCCAUAAUCUGAACCCUAGCACCUAGCAACCAAGCAAACCAGCAAUUUGUGGAUAUAUCCAGCGCACACCGAGUCAUUUGGCUACUCCUUGGUUAAAUCCGAGCAAACAGCAAGAAAAAACGAAUUCUAUUUAUUUUACUGUGAUAAUUUAUAGAUACAAUUUAUUGUAUAUGAAACUAUAUUCGUAAUACGUAUCCGCAUCCGUAUCCGUAUCCGUAUCCACACUUCCAUAGACACACGAAUGGGCAAUAGGAUUUGGGUACAGCAGCGUUUAACCAGCACAAAGUUAAGAGGGGAACCGAACCGCUUCCCAUCCGUGGAAGAUCCCUUCGACAAUCAAUUUCAGUUGUAGUUGCGACCAAAGAUUUCUCUAACUAACUUAAACUUAUCGUUUAGCAUAAUACGUAUACCCUACGAUUCAUUCAGAUUGCGCCCAACUUUAGUUACAUUUCCGUUGAGGUUACAGAACAAAGUAGGGGGUAAAUGCCUAAUUAGUUGCGUUUAAGAGUGCUUAAGUAGAACCUAAGAUAAUACCAGAUGCUUGUAUCCAUAUUUAAUUUAAUUUAACCCUAGACCUAAAGCGUAAUGCAAGUUAAUGUAAUUCAUUCAUGAUUCCUAUGGUUUAGCAUGUAAUUCGACUAAUCCCUCAGCGGAUAUAUGUAUGUAUCUGUAUAUUUAAAGUUUUCUUGAAAUUUCUAGUCGCCCGCAUAAAAAACAUUUACUUAUAAAUUAAACAAAAUACCAUACUACAAUAUACUAUCUCUACUUCGAUUGUGUAAACGUUUAGCAAUUCGGCAGACAAUAUCAGUUCUGUCCCUUGUAGUGUACUACGAUGCCAGCACAUGACAUGGACUUUUGGAAUAAGCUAACAAAAUCAUUGCAUAAAUGUGAUGGAUGAUUAUGUGUAUCCAAAUCUAAAGAAACAAAAUAUAAAAUAUGUAGAUACUCUCUCAGCUAAUCAACGGGAAAAAAACAUAUCAAUUUCAAUUACAAAUUUAUUACGAAACCCGAGUGCACGUAAAGCGCCUAUCCAAAACAAUCAGAGCGAAAUAAAUCUAGAAAAUAAUCAAAUUAAUCAAA